AUGAUCAGUUCAAAGAAGCUUAUCAAGCUGGCCAAAAAAUGGCAGAAAGUUGCUGCCAUCAGAAGAAAGAGGAUUUCAUCAUUUCCAAGUGUAAAUGAUGACACAGAUUGCUGCAGUACUUCCGCAGUAAACAAGGGUCACUUUGUUGUCUACACAGCUGAUCAAAAGCGGUUUGUCAUCCCUUUAUCUUAUCUCGAGAAUGAGAUUAUUAGGCAACUCUUGAACAUGUCAGAAGAAGAAUUUGGACUUCCAAGCGAUGUGCCUAUUACACUGCCAUGCAAUGCAGCAUUCAUGAACUACAUCAUUUCACUUCUUAGCCGAGGAUUAUCCAAAGAACUUGAGGAUGCAUUGCUCAUCUCAUUCACUUCAUCUCGAUGUUCAGUAGCUUCGUUGCACCCAGCAGGGUGGAGAAAUCUGGAAUUGCUAGUUUGCUGA